AGUAUUCCUCCUCCGUCCUCCCCCCGCCCCCGGCCGCGAAAAUAAAUAACGAGCUGAAUUGCGAGCUCAGCCGCGUCUCAAGUGUCCGGACUUCGCAACAUCACGCGUCAUUCGUCGUCGUCGUCUUCCUUUUCUGCUAGUGGAUAGUGCUCUCCCUCCGGCCGCGUUUCGCCCGAUUUGCGCCUGCCAAGCUCCCGGACGGCAAUGUCGCUCUCUCGGCCUCGUCGGGGAAGGGACGACGAGGAGAAGGAUACCGUUUGGAUCGGUGGUGAGGCGUCGACGCCAGCGAAGCGACCGCGGUGCUGCUCCUGCUCCUGCUCCUGCUGCAGCCACCACCAGGAGACAAAGGAUUUCUAUGAGGCUCAGAUUGAGAUCCUCAAGAAGGAAAUGCAAUGCAUGUCCAAGGAGUUGAUUGAGGAGCGCAAAAGCUUUCAGAGAGAGAUGCAAAGAUUUUACCAGAAUUCCCAGCUGCAGCUCAAGGAACAGAUCAGUGAACAACAUCGGAGGAUGGAACAGCUGAUCCGGGAACAAUUCAACACCUUGAUUUCGGAGACAAGUGCACUUGGAGAACAUGUUCGGAAAUGCAGUGAUCUCAGGGUUUUAUCCCCUUUGAACGAAAUAAGAAUAUAUCGGUUGAAAUUUGAGAAUAAGUGCUGCAAUGACAAGUACUCGAGACAUGACAUAAUGGCAGAUGAUGGAAGUCCUAUUAAGGUAGCCAUAUAUGAUCAAGAAAAUAGGGUAAUCACAAAUGGACCCUUGUCCUCCAUUCAAGUUAAGAUUGUUGUCCUGGAUGGUGAGUUUAACAAGGAAAAUAAAGAGCAGUGGAGUGAAAACUCCUUCAAAACAAGCAUAGUACACUGCCGGCCAGGAAAACAACCGUUGUUUGCCAAUGAACUGUAUCUAAGGCUUCAAAAUGGUGUGGCUCCCCUCUGCGGCGUUAAAUUCCAAGACAACUCAAGUUUUGUUCCAAGCAAGAAGUUCAGGUUGGGAGCCAUGGCAGAUGAUGAUAAUAUAUCAGAAAAAAUUCUGGAAGGGAUAUCUGAAUCUUUUGCUGUGAAGGAUGGUCGCGGUUACCAGAAAAAGAAGGAUCAGUUUCCAUCUCUAAGUGACCCGAUAUACAAGCUGAAGAAAAUUGCAGAAAAUGGUGACAGACGCAAGCUACUGGAGAAGAUGAACAUAAAUCUGGUUAAAGACUUUUUGUGGUGCUACAAUAAGGAUAUAAACAAUCUUCGUGAAGCUUGUCAAAAUAUCCCAGACCAUGAUUGGAACAUCAUAGUUGGACAUGCUCUUAGUUGUAAACCAGGACCUGAACAUUAUUCAUACAACAUUCCUGGAACAGACACUACAAUUUUCUUCAGCUCACUAUACAAAAUUGUUGGUGCAGAAUUCAAUGGCAAAUAUGCUUCUUAUGAAGAACUUAACAUUACUCAGAAGGGUAUAGUGCAAGGCUCCAAGGCGAAAGCAUAUGACAAUCUGAAACAUGAGGUGAUCACUGGAGAAAGCCCUCGCCCCCGUCAACGUUGGGUGAAAGUUGUGACUAUGGUCACAACUCUUCACUUCUGGAGCAAGAAGCCUGAGCCGCCAUGUCCACACUUUGAGAUACCAGAUGUGUCCAUAGACAAUAUUUGGGCAGACAAUGAUAUUCUGAAUCUGUUGAUGGAGCCGGAAACAAGUUUCGAGAUGACAGAGCAGCAUGUUCGAGGCUAAGCUCCUUAUAUUGUUUCUCUAUGAAAAUUUCUGUAGGCCGCUCCAGCUGCCUAAGCCUAAAUCCACUGAAUGGAUAACACUUGAGUGGUCAGUUGGUCACAAUUUGCGUUAGAUGAAUACUCACUGUCUGUAGUUAAUGUUGCUUGGAUAUUGUGUGAACAUGAUGAGGUUACUGGCUGUUCUCUAUAUUCUGUUAGGUGUAAACAUAAUGCUGUGGGAUUAUUUGACAGACAAAGAUAUUUUUGUAUUCAGGCUCUUGUGCAACAGGUGAUUUCGCUUCAGUUUGGAGA